AUGAUCUUCACAAUAGAAGAAAUAAAUAAAAACCCAAAUAUACUCCCAAACCACACUCUGGGUUAUGAAAUCUUUAAUGCCUGUGGAUUCUCUAAUAUUCUUCAGUCUGCACUUUCACUGUCCAAUGGACAAGAUGAUGUCACUGAUGAAAUAAACUGCACCAAGGCCGAUACUGUGCAGGCUAUAAUAGGUCAUUCAGGAUCCACUCCAACCAUUGGGUUUGCCAGAAUAACUGGCCGAUUCCACAUACCCAUCAGUCAUUUUGCUACCUGUGCUUGCCUGAGCAACAGAAAAGAGUUUCCUUCUUUCUUCAGAACUAUUCCAAGUGAUUACUACCAGAGCAGAGCACUGGCCCAGCUUGUGAAACAUUUUGGCUGGACAUGGGUGGGAGCCUUAAGCAAUGACAAUGAUUAUGGUAAAACUGGCAUUGCCACAUUUAUUAAGGCUGCUCAAGAAGAGGGAGUCUGUAUUGAAUACUCAGAGGCUUUUGAGAGCACAGGAUCAAAAACUUCUUUAACAAAUAUUGUAGACAUUAUCAGAACCUCCUCAUCUAAGGUAAUAAUGGCUUUCAUGUCGCACAGAGAGAUCAAGAUACUGGUAGAUGAGCUAUACAUGCAAAAUAUCACAGGACUGCAGUGGAUCGGAAGUGAUGCCUGGAUCACAGAUGACUCUCUUGCAGAUAGCCAAGGCCACAGUUUGCUGAUUGGAUCUAUAGGAUUCAGUGUACGCAAUGCUCAAAUACCUGGACUAGGCCCUUUUCUACAGGACAUCAACCCCUCCCAAUUUCCUAAAAGCAUGUUUCUCAAAGAAUUCUGGGAAAAUGUUGUACAUUAUCUGCAAACCGUAAAUUUCAGCAUGAAUAGGGGAGAAACACUGUUUUUUGAUAGUGAAGGAAACUCCCCUGCAAGAUAUGAACUGGUAAACUUACGAAAGGUGCCCGUAUCUGUGUGUAGUGAGAGUUGUCCCCUAGGAACUAGGAAAGCAGUGCAGCAAGGAAGACCCAUCUGUUGUUUUGACUGUAUUCCAUGCCCUUCAGGAGAGAUUAGCAACACAACAGAUGCAUCUGACUGUGUGAAGUGCCCUUUUGGAUACUGGUCCAAUAGCAGAGGUGAUGAGUGUAUCAUAAAGACAGUGGAAUUCCUGUCAUUCACCGAAAUCAUGGGUAUCAUUUUGAUGAUGUUUGGGUUACUUGGGGCAUUUCUAACUAUGUUCAUAUUUGUAGUUUUCUUUCACCAUAGAGACACACCAAUAGUAAAAGCCAACAACUCAGAGUUGAGCUUCCUUCUGCUCUUCUCAUUGACUCUGUGUUUCCUCUGUUCACUUACUUUCAUUGGUCGACCCACUGAGUGGUCCUGUAUGUUGCGUCACACAGCAUUUGGCAUCACUUUUGUACUCUGUAUUUCCUGUGUUCUGGGCAAAACAAUAGUGGUGUUAAUGGCUUUCAGGGCUACACUUCCAGGAAGUAAUGUUAUGAAAUGGUUUGGGCCUCUUCAACAAAGAAUCAGUGUUGUUAGCUUUACUCUUGUACAGGUCCUUAUCUGCAUCCUUUGGUUAACAUUAUCACCACCUUUCCCAUAUAUGAACAUGAACUACUACAGAGAAAAAAUCAUCCUAGAAUGCAGAUUAGGCUCAGCUGUCGGUUUCUGGGCUGUUCUGGCAUAUAUUGGCCUAUUGGCUGUCUUGUGCUUCAUUUUGGCUUUUCUAGCUCGAAAGCUCCCUGAUAACUUCAAUGAAGCCAAGUUCAUCACAUUCAGUAUGCUCAUUUUCUGUUCUGUCUGGAUUGCCUUUAUCCCAGCUUACCUGAGCACACCUGGAAAGUUAACAGUAGCUGUGGAGAUAUUUGCCAUUUUAGCUUCCAGUUAUAGUUUACUGAUCUGUAUUUUCAUUCCAAAAUGUUAUGUCAUCCUGUUAAGACCAGAUGCAAACACAAAAAAAGCAUUUAUUAAGAAAAAUGUCACAUUAACCUGA